AUGCGAGACGAAUCACCUGUAGCCUACACAAGACGAUUAUUUGCCCACUUCUUCAAUUUUAAGAAGUUCAAAAUCAAUGAUAUUGAAGCUUUUAUAAAUCUCCCAAAAGAAAAAGGCAAGAUCUUCUUGAACUCAAUAUACAUAGACGGCUAUACGUGCAGGGUAUUGUUUGCAAGACGGACCGCAACUGAUCCUCUCAAUUCUGUUGAGCUCACAACAAAUAACUUUAAUACCCAGGAAAUUGCGGGGAAUUUUCGAGUGUGUACGGUGGAUCCUAGAAGAAGAGAUGCUUUCAACUCAUAUCAUGCUGAUGAUGAUAUAAGACGUUUAACAACAAAAGAAUACUACAAUGCAUCUGAUAGCGUUAAGCGAAUGAGAAAUGAAGAUGCAAGGAAGGUGGUCCAAGGGAUCAAGGAAGAUGAAACAAACAUCCCAUCAGUGAAAACAGCACCAGGAGAGCAAUUUCUACGGCAUACCCAAUAUAUAAUAGCCAAUAUGCCUACUCUAUUCAAUUUUUAUAAUUUCAGAGUAGCUGAAAUACAGGAUUUUCGGACCCAAAUGAGGUUUUUUUUUGCACCCAUUUAA